GGCAAGGGCUGCGUGGCGCAGGCUGAACUGCUUGCAUUUGUUUGCUCAUCAUCAUCUUACGUUCACUUGUUGGUGGUGAUGAAACAAGACUAGACCCUUGUUUACUUCUGUUGGUUAGGCUGAACCGUUUAGGCAUUAUAUCAGUUGUGGCUUUCCCUAGACUCUUUUACUUUCUUGAAUAAGCUUCUUUAUCUUUCUCUCUUUCUUUAUCACCGCUUGACUUGGUCUCCUGGUGUCACAAGAGUCAUUCUUUAAAACCUACCCGUCCUCGUGCAACUUUUUCAUCACAUACAAUCACUUCUUUUUGUUGAAUUCCUCCCAUCAAAUAAAAACAUUCGAUCAUCAUGAGCCAACAACAUGGCUACCAGCCCCAGCCGGGCAUGCAAUCGCACCAAGCCCCUCCACCACAAGACGGCAAGUGGGAAAGCAGCCUCAUGAACUGCACCCCUUGCGGCUCCUGCUGCCUGAGCUUCUGGUGCCCCUGCAUCCUGAUGGGCAAGACGACGGCUCGGCUCGAGGACCCGUCCUUGCGCGACUACAGCUGCGUCAACGCCGACUGCCUCAUCAUGUCCGGCAUCACCUUCCUGGGCUUUCCCUGCAUCUUCAUCACCAUCAAGCGCAUGGAGCUCCGGAAGCGGUUUGGCAUCGCCGGGUCCGGGCUCGGAGACUGCUGCGUGUCGUGCUGGUGCGGCUGCUGUGCCGUCAUUCAGCACGACAACGAGGCCCGCAGGCGACUGGGCGAGCCGGGUAAGGACGGCCAGACGUUUGUCCAGCAGGGCUACCAGGAGAAUCCGGGUAUGACUAUGCCCAAGUAAAAAAAAAAAAAAAAAAAAAAAAAAAAAAAUUUGAAGCUUGAAGGGGGGAGGAGUUUGUUGCUUUUCUUGUGGGCCUGGCGAUGGAGUUAAAGUAGGC